CCAUGUGGUUUUCUUUGCCAUAGUCAGUAUUAACAGUCUGUUAUGCUACAUAUCUUUAGAGAAAAGCCAUCCAUGCUUUUUCAUGGGUUAAUGAUUUUUGGUAUGAAUAAGUUUUUUUUCUGAGUUGCACCUCACAAAUAUUGUGGUAUUUUUUCCCCGUCGAAGCACAGGCGUACUUCACUUUUUUCUUGUUGGUUGACAUAUCUCAAGUCGUCAGUAACUUGUUUUCCUAUCCUUCUUAUCAGCCCCCACUAUAUAGUGUGUUUGAGCAUAAUGGAGACUAGUGUAGGACCUCAACAAAAAAGCGACAGAGUAAAACCUACAAGGCAAAAGUCCUUACCACCUGUGCCCUUCGGAGAUGAGGAUGGCAAAUCAGCAGCUGCUAAACCAACUACACCAAAACAAACCAGCAAUGCGCUGAAAGAACUAGACAUCCUGUUACAGAACGAAACUGAAAGCAUAGAUAGUCACAGAGACGAAACCUCAAACAUAGAUGAUGAUGCUGGAAGACGGGCCUCUUUAACAGAUGAAAGCGACGAGUAUGAUGACGAUUCGAUUGAGUUUGACUUUGAACAACUUAGUUUUGAACUUUUGGACGAUCAAUUUUCAGCUUUCCAGGAGGAUGAUAUCGUGAAGCAGGCAUUAGAGAAUGAAAUGGAUCUGAGAGAAUAUGCAAAGCAAAUAGCAGAUGAAAAAGCUGCUGCUCAGCGUGAUGUCGAAAAUAACUAUUUAGAGCACAUACAGUCGUUUGUUGACCUCCAUACUCAGAUACAGUCCUGUGAUGAAGUGUUGGGUCGGAUGGAAGAACUGCUAAAUGUAUUUCAAAGUGAUUUGGGCAACAUUAGUGGGGAAAUCCAAAAUCUGCAGGAACAAUCAAGUCAAAUGAGUGUCAAAUUGAAAAAUAGAAAGGCAGUAGAGACUAAGUUAGGGAAAGUAUUACACGGUAUGGUCAUCCCGCCAUACGUUAUCAAAAAAAUUACUGAGGAAGAUAUCGACGAUGUGUGGUUAGAAUAUCUCGUCACAAUCAACCAUCAAAUGCAAUUUGUAAAAACAAACCAACAUAGACCCAUCAAAGCUCUUCGCAACGUAGGGCCAGAACUAGAAAAGUUACGGCUCAAAGCGACAUCUACCAUUCGCGAUUUUUUCAUGUCCCAUAUACAAACAUUGAGCGUGCCCAAUGCUAAUAUACAAAUCAUGCAACAGUCUGUAUUUUUAAAAUACAAAGAAUUACAUUAUUUUGUUAUUGAAAGACAUCACGAAGCUGCCAAGGAAAUUCGGCACAGCUAUAUGAAUUCCUUAAGAUGGUAUUUUCAAAGCCAUUUUGAAAGAUACAGUAAAGGACUGCAGAAGCUUCAAACGACUGCUGCUGCUGAUUACAGAUCUGAUCUGAUUGGAACAGCAGAAGAGGGUAUGCGGAAAAUUGUAGGCAGCGGUUUAUUAUUUGGAUCGAGCAAAAUCGCGCUGAAGGAUAAAGUAAAUGUGUUUGCAUUGGGUGAUCGAAGUGAUACUUUACGUAUGCAAGACCCUGGUGUUAUUUUGGUUCAUGUAGCCGAAAGCAAAGAUCAGAAAUAUCAAUUUGAGCAAUUAUUUAGAAGCUUCAACUUAACACUAAUUGACAAUGCAAGCUCAGAAUUCUUGUUCAUUCAUGAGUUCUUUUCAAGAGAUCCCAAAACAGCUGCUGAUACGGCAAAAGUCAUAUUUCAUUACAUUUUUGAGCCAACAGAGCGAGUAGGCAUGAAUUUUACAAAAACAUAUGUUGAAAAUUCUUACGACGCUGUUGGUAUCUUAUUAUGCAUACGAAUUAAUACCCAACUAGCACUAGAACUACAAAGGAGGAAAAUACCAGCAUUAGAAGGAUAUACAAAUGCUACAAAUAUGUUACUGUGGCCCCGUUUCCAGUAUGUUAUGACGCUACACAUUGAGAGUUUAAAAAAGAUGUUCAAUAACAAAGCAGUUAUGAAUGCUGUGAAAGAUAUACAUGCACAUUAUGUCACAAGAAGAUAUGCAGAAUUUGCAGCGUCUUUACUAGUUCUAAACGAUGGCUACGAUGAUGCUAUUUUAGUAAAAAGUGUGCAGAAAUUACGUGACGAAUUCGAAGCUGUGCUUUCAAGAAUGUCGCAUGAAUUUCAAGAGUCAGCCAGACGUAUUGCCUUUCUUAUUAACAACUAUGAUUUAAUCAUAUCUGUACUUCAGGAAACGCACAGUCGUGGCGUAGAAUCAGAAUUAGAGUAUAUGAAACAAAUGCUAUUGCUACAGACAAGCGCAUUUGUAGACGAGCAAUUGAAACCUUAUUUUGGAGAGUUGAUCAAUUUUGUUAGGAAAAGAGAGAAAUCAACGCCACCAAAACCUUCAGGACACAGUAACGAUAGAACAGCUCCAACCGCCGCGAAUAACAUGAGCGAUACUUUUGACGACGAUAUUAUACCCGAAUUAGAGAGAAUCUCUAAUCACUUUGCUCAAACUUGGCGGCAGUCUCUUCGAGCCAUUAAUGCAUCCGUAAUACAGUACUUUUCCAACUUUAAAAUGGGGACUAGUGUUCUUCAUGCUGUUCUGGCUCAGUUAAUUGUUUACUAUACAAAGUUUUCAGACAUUCUUGAAAAACAGCAACAGAAAAUCAACUCGAACGAGCAUUAUCGCAAAAUACAACCCGUUGGCGUGCAAACAGUAAUGGUGGAAAUCAAAAAGUACAGAAGUACCUUCUAAUGAAAUAAAGAGUUUUGUCUAUUUUAUUUAUCUGGGAAGAAUCUGCAAUGUUAAAAAUUUAGAAACAUUAAAAGGACCAC